AUGGAUACCGUGAGUGGCCUUGGAAGCGUCUACAAGCAAUUGGCGCAGACGCAGCCUGACGAUCCAGCUGUGUUGGACAAAGCCGGCACCUGGAGCUACGCGCAGUUGUGGGAUGUUGCGGGACGCAUCUCCAGCUUCUUCGCCGCCAGAGGUUUGCAUCGUGGUUCGCAGGCCUCUCCGAAGGAAUUCGCCCCAAGACCUAUUGCGAUUUUUCUGAGACAAGGUCGGGAGUGGUAUGCAACUUGCAUUGCAGCAUGGCUGUUAGGCAUACCCGUUGUUGCGUUGAGCAACGAUCUUCCAAGUGGGAAAGCUGAAGCUGAGAGGGUUGCGCGGGUCGCGAGAGAGCUGCGGCCACUGGCCCUGAUCUCGGACGAUUCUGCAUUCGAAGUCCCAGGUUUGCCGGCUGACUGUUUGAGGCUCUCGCUGGAAGAUGUGCGAAGAGCGUUGGCAGACCCUGCACAUGCAAGCGCGAACUUGACGGCGGAUGUGUCUCCAACAUCGGUGCUGUGCUAUGUUUUCACUGGCGGGACGACGCGCCACAGCAAGUGUGUAGCAGUGACCCACGGAAUGGCCUUGUGGGAGAUACAACACUACAAGACGGCCUUGCGGGGGUUGGCAGGCAAGAAUGACAGGAUGCUGCAGUACUCGUCGGCCUACUGGGGUGCGGCGAUCUUCGGGCAAGCGGAUCUUGCCUUGGCCUUUGGUGCAUGCAACGUGAUCAUCCGGGCCAACGGGCCCGAGGAGAUUGCCGACAUCUGCUCCAAGUACCAGGUUUCGGUCUUGGGCAUCGUUCCUUCUCAGUUGCGCGGAGCUUGGCCUGGUGGAGCAAGCACAAGGCCAAGAAGCCUAAGAGUACUCGUCGCAUGGGCGGAGAAGCUUCAACCCAAGUUGGCCAAGGAAUGGCUUCGGCACCUGCCGGUCAUCGAGUUGCUCAUUGCCUCUGAGUAUUGGCUCUGUCUUUCAUCGACUUGCCAGAUAUGGAGGGAUCCCGUCGACGGCAUGGAGCGUCAUGUUCUGGAACCUCUGCCUGAGCUGGAUUUCAAGCUGCUGAAGGAAGAUGGCUUGGAGGCACAAGAGCAAGAGAGUGGUGAAUUGUUCUUAGCUGGCCCGACGGUGUUUGCGGGCUACGUGGGUGCGGACGGCAGACUCGGUUGUACGAGCUUUCAGCACUUUAAUGCGAAGCAGUACUACGGUACCCGGGAUCGUCUCAAGCGGGUGCCUGGUGGUCUCGUUUACCUGGGCCGAACAGACUCGUUGACAAAGGCUGGUGGUGCGUGGCAGGAUCUCGAAGCCGUCGAGACCGCGGCCGCCGAAGUUCCUGGUGUUUCGGCAGCAGCUCUUGUAGCCUGCGACGGAAGCACAGACGCCUACUUGGUCUUGGAAGACACACGUGAUGCCGCUGGACAUGCUCGGGAGGGGUCGCCGCUGAACGUGGUGCUUGACAGGGCCAUGCAGAAGUUGAAGCCCGUCACCACCUCAAGACCUCACAUCUGGGCACGGCUGCCUUUGCAUCCGGCCACCAGCAAAGUGAAUCGUCAGGAGCUUCUUGCACAGAGUAGUGAUCGUGCUGCGCGCGAGACGCAGUGGCAUGAGAAGCUGCAGAGCCUUCAGCGGCGGAUGCUAAGAGGCUACGCGGCAUGGCAUGCCUUGCUUGCGGUGCUGAUGCUCUUCCGAGCCUGCCUGGACCUGACUUCGUCUCUCACGGGGUCGCUGACGGCCUCAGACCUGCUGUUCGACCUGCUGGCUCGGGCCAUCCUUCUGCCGUAUGCAUGGGGAGUGCUCCUCUAUGUCUGGUAUGGCACCAGCAAGAAGGCCUCGCAGGGCUGGCAUUGGCAAGCAGUGUAUGGUAAGGUUUGCGCGGCAAGUGGAAUCUGA